UGAAUUCCACUGCUGUCUCUACACAUUGACAUUGCAUAACUGCUACUCUUUUUUUAUAAUGUUCUUUUUGUGUUUUAUUUAGUAAUUACAGAUCACUGCUCUCCAAAAUAAAAGCAAGUUAAAGGUGCUGGCACUGAGUUAAAGUAAAGAAAUCUGAUUGGUGCAUGUUCCAUCAGAGACGUCCAACCAAAAAGAAUAAAUCAAACAAAGUGUGAGUUUCUUCUCACAUAUCUUUGUGCCAUAUUAUCCUGGAAAGACUCGUUAUCUACAACUCCAGCUCAGAGUUCAACACGUGAGCCGCUGCCUGGUUCACGUUACAUAACUGUACUGCUGCUGCUGCUGCCGCUAUAUAGCAAACACGGAAGUUUCCCUCAGUGCCUGCAAACCCCCUCCGACUCCGAGCCGUCCGUCGUCUGCCGUGAAGGAGCCUGGCUGCACAAACAUCCAGCUCUCAAGAUGUACCGAACCAGCCUCGUGUCACUCGCAGUGCUGCUGUGCUCUGCACUCUUGGUAGAUGGAGGGAAAGUCUUGGUGUUCCCUGUAGAUGGAAGCCACUGGAUCAACAUGAAAGUCCUCAUCGAGGAGCUUCACUCAAGAGGGCAUGAGAUCACAGUUCUGCGACCGUUAGACAGCUGGUACAUCAAGCAAGAUUCUCCCCACUACAAGUCCAUCACUAUUAAAUCCUCAACUGGUUUUGAUGAGGAAAACUUUGGCACAUUAAUAUCUUCAAUGGUGAACAUGCGUCUGGAAGGUGCAUCCCUUUGGAAAUACAUAUCUCUGCAGUACAAAAAAUUUAACGUGUUGUAUGUCAUACAUAAGCAGCUGCUUGAGAUGUUGGAGGAGAUGUUCCAGGACACCAAACUGAUGCAGAGCCUUCACGAUGCCAAUUAUGAUUUGGUUCUGACAGAUCCUGCUAUUGGUGGAGGGGUGCUUCUGGGUCACCGCUUGGGUCUUCCACUUGUCUUAAAUGUGAGGUGGACCAUUCAGGGUGAGGGACAUCAGGCAAUAGCACCAUCCCCAGUCUCAUAUGUCCCAAUACAAGAGACAGAGCUGACUGACAAGAUGACCUUCACCCAGAGAGUCAACAACUUCCUCUUCUAUUUAUUUACAUGUUUUCAAAUUUGGUACACUGUGGAUUCAAACUACAAACCUUUUGUCCAUCGUCACUUCGGCAGUGACGUACAUUACAUGGAGCUGUUCCAAGCGGCAGAUAUCUGGCUGAUGAGGAACGAUUUUACCUUUGAGUUCCCAAGACCCACAAUGCCAAACAUCAUCUACAUGUCGGGGUUUCAGUGCAAACCCUCCAAGCCUCUGUCCAAAGAACUUGAGGAGUUUGUCCAGAGCUCUGGUGAACAUGGUGUCAUUGUUAUGACGUUGGGAACCCUGGUGGCAAACCUUCCAGAGGACGUCACUGACGACAUCGCAGCAGCUUUUGCCCAACUUCCUCAAAAGGUGAUCUGGAGGCACAAAGGAAAAAGACCGUCCACUCUUGGGAACAACACCUUACUCUUAGACUGGCUGCCUCAGAAUGACCUCCUGGGUCACCCCAAGACCAGACUGUUUGUGGCCCAUGGAGGAACCAAUGGAAUACAGGAGGCUGUCUACCACGGCGUUCCCCUGGUGGGCCUGCCUCUCAUGUUUGAUCAGCCUGACAACUUCUUCAAGAUGAAAGUAAGAGGUGUGGCCAAAGUCAUGGACAUUGCAACUGUGAACAGAGAGAACUUCUUGGAGGCUCUCAAGGAGGUUCUCUAUGAACCGAGCUACAGGGAGAACAUGAGGAAGCUGUCCAACCUGCAGAGAGAUCAGCCCAUAAAACCACUGGACCAUGCCGUAUUCUGGAUCGAGUUCGUCAUGAGGCACAAGGGGGCGCCGCACCUCAGGACAGAGUCUUAUAAGAUGUCCACGGUCCAGUACUAUUCCAUUGAUGUCAUUGCCUGUCUGCUGGCAGUUAGUGUGGCAGCAUUCACUCUUUUUAUUUCUGUCGUCAAGUUUUUGUGGUGCAGAGUGUUUUACAGAAGCAAAGUCAAAAAUGAAUGAGUGUGCUGCAAAAUUUCAGAAUUUUAAGAUCUGAAUUUUGAUUCAUGAAAACGAUACUAAAUCUUUCACUAGUGUGCAGCUGAAUGCACCAACUUCACACUGUCUCACCACCUCAGCACCGUGCGCAGAGUUUUCAACAGUUGCCACUGCCAACAGCCAACAACUCAUUUCAGUCAAACCUGCUACUUUACCUUUAUAUACUUAUUCAUUAUUAAUGUUUGAUUCAAAUAAAACUGUUUUGAUAAA